CUUUGGAAGUAAAAGAUGUCAGGUGCCCAAGGAACAUUGCCGCCGGGAAGCACGACGGCGACGACCUACCAUUCCGUACAGGGUGGACAGAACCAGAGUCGAAUGGACAUCCACUCCAAAGAGGAUGAGGGUAAAAUUCAGAUCGAUAAAAUACAAGACAAGGUGGAGGAUUGUGCAGGUCGUGGCGGCCCAAUAUUUGGUGAUGCUGUGUCAGCCACCAUUGAAGCUGAAGAAGAAGGCCGCCGUGAUAAGCCGGACCCUGGUGUUACCGGCACCGGAUAAAUAUAUAGGCUACCUACUUAUCUAAAUAAACUCUUCUUGUGUUUCUACUACAAGCUUUUUAGCCUCUAUGUAAAGAUGAUGAAUGGACUUUGUAUAUUAUAUAUGCUUAUAAAUUAUGCUUAGACUUUUAGCACCAA